AUGGUGCUCGAUUUGGAUCUAUUCCGUACCGACAAGGGUGGCGACCCAGAACUCGUCCGCGAAACCCAAAGGAAGAGGUUUAAAGACGUGACACUGGUGGAUAAACUAAUCUCCGCGGACACUGAAUGGAGAAAAUGUCGGUUCACCGCUGACAACCUCAACAAACUAAAGAACCUCUGCAGCAAAAGCAUUGGGGAGAAAAUGAAGAAGAAGGAACCAGUCGGGGAUGACGACUCUGUCCCUGAAGAAGCACAGAACCUGGAAUCCCUGACAGCUGAAACACUCUCGCCCCUGACAGUAACCCAGAUCAAGAAGGUGCGUUUGUUGGUAGAUGAAGCCAUCGAGAAGUCGGACGGUGAGAGGCUAAAGCUGGAGGCAGAGCGAUUUGAGUACCUGAGAGAGAUUGGUAACCUUCUGCAUCCUUCUGUGCCCAUCAGCAAUGACGAGGACGAAGACAACAGGGUGGAGCGUACCUUCGGUGACUGCUCUGUCCAGAAGAAAUAUUCUCAUGUUGACCUGGUCGUCAUGAUUGAUGGCUAUGAGGGGGAGAAGGGAGCUGUUGUGGCUGGAAGUAGAGGCUACUUUUUAAAGGGGCCACUGGUGUUCCUGGAGCAGGCUCUGAUUAAUUAUGCCUUAAGGAUCCUCCACAGCAGGGGCUACAACCUCCUCUACACGCCUUUCUUUAUGAGGAAAGAGGUUAUGCAGGAGGUGGCCCAGCUCAGCCAGUUUGAUGACGAGCUUUACAAGGUCCUGGGAAAAGGCAGUGAAAAGUCAGACGACACCUCCAUAGAUGAGAAGUAUCUCAUCGCCACAUCAGAGCAGCCCAUCGCUGCAUUCCACAGGGAAGAGUGGCUUAAACCCGAGGACCUUCCCAUCCGCUAUGCUGGCCUCUCCACCUGCUUCAGACAGGAAGUGGGCUCCCACGGUCGGGACACCCGCGGCAUCUUCAGGGUCCACCAGUUUGAAAAGAUUGAGCAGUUUGUCUUUGCAUCACCACAUGACGGCAAGUCCUGGGAAAUGUUUGACGAAAUGAUCGGAACUGCAGAAGAGUUUUACCAGUCACUCGGAAUUCCCUAUCGUAUCGUCAACAUUGUCUCUGGUGCCCUCAAUUAUGCAGCCAGUAAGAAGCUGGAUCUGGAAGCCUGGUUCCCAGGCUCUGCAGCGUUCAGAGAGCUGGUGUCCUGCUCAAACUGCACGGACUACCAGGCCCGACGCCUCCGCAUCCGCUAUGGACAGACCAAAAAGAUGAUGGACAAGGCAGAGUUUGUCCACAUGCUGAACGCCACCAUGUGCGCCACCACACGUGUAAUCUGCGCAAUUCUGGAGAACUACCAGACGGACGAGGGCAUUGUGAUUCCAGAAAAGCUCAAGGAGUUCAUGCCUCCAGACUUGAGGGAGAUCAUCAAGUUUGUGAAGCCGGCGCCAAUCGACCAGGAGGUGUUAAAGAAGACAAAGAAACAACAGGAAGGAGGGAAGAAGAAGAAGCAGGGAGGUGGAGGAGACCUGCCCAACGCCAUCGAGAGCAUGUCGGUCAAUGACUCAUAAGCUCCUGCUUAUUGAACACCUCCACCAUGGCUCACUAGCCUCACUGAUAGAUACUGAUAGGCCGUAGUCACCUGGAUGAAUGAUUUGGAGAUCAGAGAUAUUGGUUUUUUUAAAGGUGUGUGGUUUGAUGAUGUCAGAGUUCUCCCAUGUCAUCUGUUCAGGACUAGCCUCUGUCCUAUCAGUGUCUAUCUACAUGGAGGGUGUUGUCUCUUCAUCUCAGCUCUACCGUCAGUCUUGCUACUAAAAAAAUUGAAAAAACUCAGAGAAGGAUCCCCCUGUGUUCUCUCCCCCACAGCCCACUUCAGGCUCCACCUGCCUUGCGCUCCUCACCUCAACAUUGAGCCUUAACUGAAAUUAAACAAGUUCUCAUCAAACCCAGCAGGAACAUUUUCUGAGGCCCCACGUUACAGAAGACUGAGACGACGUCCACAAACACGACUACUCCUACUGUCAGGUUUUUAUCAGAAAUUUGAACUUCUCUAGGAAAGUAACAGCAGUGGCCUAAAAGGUCUGUUUUAUGUACCUAAAAGUUACCACAUAUAACGGUUACAUCUGGGUAGUUUGCAGAUGUAUGAUUUGUCUUCAACAAAACAUCAACAACGCUCUUAAACUUCUUUAUAUAUUUCUUGUCAGCUUUGCAGCAGAAUUCGUUCUUGGGAUGUUUCUAGGUGGGUUCUAGUUUAGCUUCAGUCACUGUCUGAUAUCUGUGUCUGAUUAAGUACCUGAACAAAACUAUUUCCUAAAGUGAGAAGUUAAAUGAGUGAUACAUUACCUGAACGUCUCCUCAGUUGUGUCUGUUAGUGGUUAGUGGGAUGUGAAUCUGUUCUUCUGCGUCCACCUUCCAUUCUGGUGGGUGGGAAAUUUCUCCUAAAUAUUUAUAUAUAUUAGUUAAAAAAAACUACAAAUGAAAUAUGAAUCAUUGAGGUUUUGGCUGAUCCAGGUCUUCAAACUCUCCAUCUCUCAUCACUGUCCUAUUUUUAACCCCUCAAUUCAUCAUGUUGAUCUUUAUCUCGUUGCUGAGACCAUUAAGUUGCAUUGACUUGCAGUGAUAAACACCUAUAUCUGAUCAUUGAUAAAGAGAAAAACAAACAAACAAACAUAAAUAAAAGUUAAACUUCCAA